CCCUCACCAAAACUUCUAAUGCCGCCACCCCAAAUCCAUCGAGCGGGAGAGCUUCGAAAUCCAAAUUUCCCCAACCCUCCCUCCUAACCCUAACCCCCUUCUCCUUCCCCCUCCAGGCUUCCGAGUUCCGACUGCCCUCGUCUAGCGCUCAACCUUCCAGAAGCUUCUAAAAACAUAGGGUUUCGAACCCCCAUUCCACAAAAGAUGCUUCCUUGCGCCUAGUAGCCUCGUUGGCCGGGGUGGAGGCAUGGCGGACGGCGGCGGGGAGGGGGGCGCGAGCGGAGGGAGGUUCCCGAUUCUGCAGGCGAACCGGGAACCCCAGUCGAACUGGGAGGUGGACGUCGCCAAGAGCCUCGAGGAGUACCUCCUCAGGGUCUGCUCCGGGGAGGUCUCCGGCGAGGAAGGGGCGCACUCCGUCAACUUCGCCGAAGCGGCGUUAUUGCUCCAGGGAUCAGUUCAAGUGUACAGUCGGAAGGUGGAGUAUUUGUACUCAUUGGUGCUUCAUGCAUUGGAGUUCCUCUCGCAAAAGAAGCAGGAUCAACAGGAAAAUGGCUCAGCUCAAGUUGAUGAAAACAAUCCUAGCACAAUUCCCAAUGAAGAAGAUGAUAUAUUUGUGGGGUUAGAUGAUGUCCCAGUGGAAGCAAGGACUACUCUGGAUAACAGUGUCUAUCGAGAUGAUUUACAAAGAAAAAUUGUGAGGCCACCAGCAAAUCUGCUGGUGUUUGAAGGAGACUGUCUGGAUAGCGAAGCGAGUGAGCUAGACUCAUAUUUGUUAGCAACGUGCGAUUUUUAUGGAGGUUUCCUUCUGCUGGAUCCAUGUGAUGCACCGGCUGUUUUUUACUUUCUGCAAGGAAAAAAAUCUGGUAAAGAAAAUAGUGUGGCUCAUCAAGGCAGCUCUGCGCCUUCUAAAAGCCGAACCAGUGUUUUCACUUCCCCAAAUGGAAGAUCAGGGGGCACCGGUCGUAGAUUGACCCCUGGAAAAGUCCAAGGAUGCACCGAUCCAACUCAGGAAAACAAUCCUGAUCAAUCUCAAGAAACGAAUGCAAAUCAAACUCAAGAAAAUAUCAGUGACUUCAAUGUAGAUGACAAUUGGUCUGAUCCUGUUGACCAUGGCUCUCCUGAUGAUGACAUGCCUCACCCAGAUGAUCCAGAUGUUGCGGAUGAUUCUGAUGAUGAGGAUCCAUGGGGACCGUUGAAUCCCCAUGAACCUGGCAACCUAAAGAUUAGACCUUACAGGAGAGUAAAAGGUUUUGCCCGGCAGGUUAUUGGUGCUCUGAAAAAGAAAACUGUUGCAUCUCUAUUUCCUAUGGCAAAGAUGGAUGGUGUCAUUAGCCCUGAACUAGCGAAAUAUUUCAAAGUGCAACAGUCUCUGCAGGAGGAACUUCAUGCUUCCCAAUCGCCCCCUCCUUAUGAAAAGCUUAUGAGGUCAUUUGAAUUUGGAGAGCAAGAAAAUAGCCACGUGUUUGGAGAUUUCAAGGAUGACAGUGGACCCAAUAUUGUAGUAAAUGAUCACGAUGACAUUGAUGAGCCAGAUAUGACGAAUGAUAUGUAUGACGUGGAUGUUGACAUUGACAUUACAACAUAUCCUGUCAAGACUAAUGAUAUACCACCUGAUGGGGAUCAAGGCACACAGGAUACCAUGGAUGCGCAUGAAAGCCUUGAUGAUUUGUGCCGGUCACAUCUGAAUGCUCUCCUUGCCAGCAUAGCUGAGGUUGAACAGCAGAGCGAGAUGGAUGCACGAGUUUCAACAUGGAAAGAAAGAAUUGAGCAUGCCCUGGAAGAGCAGGAUAAAAACCCACCUUUUGAUAUUGGCUCAUACGGAGAACAAAUCCUUGACACACUUUCAUCAAGAACUGAUAAUACAGGGAUUGCAGCUUUUAGUGAGAUUGUUAGUGGCAGACCAAAGUACGAGGUUGCAAGAACAUUCUCCGCCCUUCUCCAGCUGGUGAACGGCAGGAGUGUUGAUCUGGACAAAGGACAGGCCACGAAUGCGUUGGUGUGCUACACAGCUGACAAUCCAUUCCGUGCAAGGCUAAUCGGUCCCAACCGAAGGCCAGAAAUGGAGGCACGCUUUGCCCGGAAGCGAGUCAAGUUACCUCUGCAAAAUUGCGGCGAAGGCGGCGAAUCCUCUCCAGCGCAACAAAAGUCCCCCAAGAAACAGUUGCAUAGAAAUGGCAAGGUUCCUGUCAAGGCAGCAAUCAGGUUGACUCCUGAUGGAAAGCGAAGGCGAAGGUCAGCGCAACUAGUGCAGUCAAUCAAUCUUGAAUCCAGCGGAUAAUGGCAGACUGACUCAUGGCCAUUUCAACUGGAUUUUUUUAGUAUUGUUGUAGCCGGCUUGAUAGAGAGGGUGUACAUGUACUGUAAGUUAUGACUUUAGGACUACUAGAUAGAGGGUGUACAUGUACUGUUAUGUAUGUAUGGUAUCCGCCCCAAAUGUAAUGUUAAUAGGGCAAGAUUUCUUUACAGACUUGCCCUUUUAUAUCGGGACAACAUUGGCAGGUGUUCCAUUCUAAUUCAAUAAACUAGCUCGU